CGGGAUUCCUUCCGAUGCCAUUAUCCCUUAAGUUUAGUAAAUCCCUCGUGUGUGGUAUUAUUUUAUCAGUUAAGAUGGUAUCAGCGUAAGAACAAUAUUGGAUGUUUUAUUUGUAAGAAAUUUAGUGAACAACAUGCAGCACAUCUGGGGCAAAUUAUAUGUAUGAACUUUAAGUGUCAUACAUAUGACAGAGGGGAAAUGCCUAUGUCAUAUGUAGUGGAUAUUGCCUUAUAUACUAUUUAACAGAGUGGACAAUAUUGACAAGAUGGAUACCAAUAUGCUUAAUGAGUUUGCCUACUUUUACCCACAUCGAGUGCAGAUCAGGACCGACGGUUCACUGGACACCCUGUCUGAGGAUGAAGAUGAUAUAGUUGGUGCCAGUGGUGAGGGAGUCAGUGUAUCAUCCACAAACUACAUGUCCAAUAGCAGUCUGGAUUUCACCCCCACCCCAGGGGGUCCCUUCUCAGCCCUCACACCCUCCAUGUGGCCUGAAGACAUCCUUUCCAAACUAAGGAAUCAGCCUGAAGAUCCUAAUGGACAACUAGACUACAGAUAUGAUGAAUUUGGCUUCAAAGUAGAAGAAGAAGAUGGCCCUGAAGAGAACUCCAGUAAGUUGUUGAGUACACCAUUCAUUGAGGAUGCCCAACAUCGAUUAAAAUGGACUGCUUAUUUGGAGUUUACACACAACAAUGAAGUCGGUGACCUGACUUGGGACAAGGUUGAGCCUCGCCUGCCUCGCUCUGAAAAGCUGAGACUUAUGGUACGACAGGGAAUCCCCCAUUCUCUGAGGAAUCAAAUCUGGAUGAGGCUUUCGGGGGCUUUGGAGAAAAAAAGAAAAUCAGAUCUUACAUACAAGGACAUUGUCAAGGCCAGUUCCAAUGAUCACCUUAUGACAUCAAAACAGAUUGAAAAGGAUCUACUACGGACCAUGCCAAGCAAUGCCUGCUUCUGUAAUGUACACAGUACAGGGAUACCCCGUUUACGUCGAGUUCUCCGGGGUCUAGCCUGGCUCUACCCUGACAUAGGAUACUGUCAGGGAACUGGUGUGAUUGCCUCGUCUCUGCUGUUGUUUAUGGAGGAAGAGGAUGCCUUCUGGAUGAUGUGUGCUAUAAUAGAGGAUUUGUUACCAGCCUCCUAUUACAGUAGUACCCUCAUCGGGAUACAGGCAGACCAGAGAGUGAUGCGACAGUUGAUCAUCAGUUAUCUCCCUGAUACAGAUCUAGUGAUGAAAGAACAUGACAUAGAGCUGUCCCUAAUCAGCCUACACUGGUUCCUCACCCUGUUUGCGAGUGUGGUACACAUGAAGGUCCUGCUGAGAGUGUGGGACCUCUUCUUCUAUGAAGGUUCCACUAUCUUAUUCCAGAUGACCAUGGGCAUGCUCAAAAUGAAGGAGCAAGAGCUGAAGACACUUGACAAUUCAGCUCAGAUUUUUAACGCCCUGUCUGAUGUGCCCGGCGAUGUACAAGAUGUUGAUGAUUUAAUAGAGAUAUCAUUCCGAACAUGUGGAUCCCUGAGUGAUAUGGUGAUAGAAUCUCAUCGGAGGAAACACCUGGCCUAUCUGAUGGCUGAGCAGGGAGUCAUCGUCAACCCAGACUCCACUAAAAACCUUCCCAAACAGCAACUGAAUAAACGCCAUCUUCGUCGGUCGAGAAGUCUGGUGUCAAUGCUGUUGUGGGGUGAUCAAGAAGAUGAUGAUUUUGGAAAGGCUAAAAACAUUCGUCAGACUGAGCUUCUUGUAGAUAUGAGGGAGGCCAUUUUACAGUUAGCACGUCACUUUCAGUCACUUGACCCAAAGAAUAACAAAGUGAAUCUGAUAGCUGAUUACACCAUGGACAGUCAUGCCCGGGAUUUGGAAAAUUAUGUUAAUGUAGCAAGGAACAAACGAAGAAGAGCAAAAGCAUUACUUGACUUUGAACGACAUGAUGAUGAUGAGCUGGGUUUCCGAAAAAAUGAUGUCAUAACAAUAAUCUCCCAGAAGGAUGAGCACUGUUGGGUGGGAGAGCUCAAUGGACUCCGGGGCUGGUUCCCUGCUAAAUUUGUGGAGCUGCUGGAUGAAAGAAGCAAACACUACUGUUCUGCUGGGGAUGAUACUGUCACAGAAAACAUCACAGAUCUUGUCAGGGGCACAUUAUGUCCAGCAUUGAAAGCGAUAUUUGAUCAUGGUCUGAAAAGAUCGUCCAUACUGGGCACCACUUGUCAUCCGUGGCUGUUUGUAGAAGAGGCAGCGACCCGAGAGGUUGAGAAGGAUUUCCAGUCGGUCUACUCCAGGCUGGUGUUGUGCAAGACCUACAGAUUAGAUCAGGAUGGCAAAGUGUUGACACCUGAAGAGAUCUUAUAUCGGGCGGUCCAGGCUGUCAACAUAUCCCAUGAUACAUGUCAUGCACAAAUGGAUGUCAAGUUUAGAUCAAUGAUCUGCUGUGGGCUUAAUGAACAAGUAUUACACCUCUGGCUGGAGACACUGUGUUCAUGUGUGGAGGUUAUCGGUAAAUGGUAUCACCCCUGGUCAUUUAUGAGGAGUCCAGGUUGGGUUCAGAUCAAGUGUGAACUCCGACUCUUGUCCCAGUUCUCUUUCAAUUUAUCCAAGGAUUGGGAAAUCCCCAAACAGUCUACAGAAUCCUACAAACCCCUGAAGGAAGGGGUAAAAGACAUGUUGGUCAAACACCAUUUGUUCAGCUGGGAUAUAUAGGUACUCCUGGCAGUGGCUUCAGCUGGAAACAUCACCACUAACACACUAUCACUCCCAGUAGGUUGUACUUCUCAGGCAAAGUAGUCAAAACUAUAGCAUCAUCCCUCUGUGAUUGAGGUAAUGUAUAAGGUAUAACCCUGUGUGAGAGAUGAUGGAACAUAUCACACUUACCUUACGUUAUCUUACAUUUGUGAUGCAGACAUUGUAACUCUAAUUUACCAUGUGUGAUGGAGAGGUAAAUGCACCGGAUACAAAAUUAAAACUUGAUGAUUGAAGAUAUGGGAUCAAUUGUAUUAGUAGCAUUCAGUUUAAUAUCAGAGAAGUGAUUUUUUUCUUUUUUUUAAAAUACAGAUUUUGGUGUUUUAUAGGAGAUGAUAGUAAUUCACAAAAUAAUAUAAAUUUACACAAUAUCUUCUUGUAAACCAGGAAAUUUUAGCAGCAGUUUAAUUUUCACUAGAAAAAACAUUUAUACAGAAGGAAAAAAACUGCAAAUCAUGUUUGCAUUCAAUUAACAUAUGACACCACUUAAAAUCCAUUGAAUCUCAGCUAACCAUAAGUGUUCAAUAAUUCACAUCAACAAGUCAGAACUUAAUUAGUCUUCAAUCUUGAAAUCACAAAAAUAUUGGUGUUUGUUAUAACGUUCAACUUCAUCUUAAAAUGUCAUUAAUGAUAUCAUAGAAGGUUGUAUACUGGCUUGGUGUAGAAAAGGAAUUUUAGAAAAUAAUAAAUAUAAUAUUUAUGCAUUCGUCACCAUUUUAAGACAUAUAUUUAACUGCUGUAUUCAAACAUCAAAUCAUGGAAGGAAUUCAUUACAAUCAAACCUGUAAUAGGAUCUUCAAGUUUGUUUGGCAAAAAAAGUUCUUUUUUCUUCUGGUUGCUAAUUUUGUUUCGAUUUAUCAUUCCAUUCAAUUAAAUAUUAAUUAAUUUCACUCAUAAUUUAAAAGUCAAACUUGCUGGUGUCUGUAUUUGUAAUAUCACUCAAUGAUUACAUAUAUGAUUACAUAUUGAUAUACAAGUUGUAUAUGAAACAAAAUUGAAGAUAGCUACAGCAUUUAUGAAAUAAAACAUUGCUAUACGUUUAUAGACAUAUGUUUUGUAUGUUGCGAUGGAAGUUUCUGUUAAGGUACCGUCAUUCUGAUAAUUGCAAUAUAAUACUAUUCUAUAUGUACCUGUUGGUUUGCUGAUCAGAACUCUCCUUACGAGAGGCAUGUUUAUGACAUUCUAGCUUUAAUAACAAAAGGUCCUUAUAUAUCGUUGUGAUUUUUUUUUUAUAUCUAAGUUUUAAACUGUUUUGUCUGCUUGCCUAUUCUUUUUAAGUAUUAAUAUUAUUAUUCUGUCGACUUUGCAUUUGCUUUUCUUAUACUUUCAUUUGAUAGUUUCUUUUGUGUUGUUUUUUUGUGAAUGUUUAUUCUUUUUGUCAGUCCUUUUUUUUGAAAGGGCAUUGUUCUUUCAGUUGCAUUUUUGUUAAAUCUACUUAUUAAUUAUCAAUGAAAUCCAAAUAUUUGCCAAAACAUCUAUAAAUGAAUGUUUUUUUCAAUCAUUGGAACAGUUUGGUAUUGUUGAAAAAUAUUGUCAAUAAUGAAAGAUAGAAGUGAGAAUUAUUAUUUUCGCAUUAUUGUAAGAUCACGUUUUAAACAAAACCUGUGGUAAUGUUGUGAAUUCAAGCCAUGCAAGUCCUAUAGCAAUCAUUAGGUGGACAAUUACAACAAAACAUGUAUGACUUUAAUGAACCCCAUAAUGGCAUAGUACCCAAGAAAUAAGUUUACUUCAGGCAAAUUCUGUUAUUGAUUUGAUGUUCAUGUUGCCGUUCCUGACUAGGAAGAAACUUAUCAAGAGUCAAGGUUGUGGUAAGCAUUUUACAAUUAUUGUUACGUUGUUGAACUGGUCAAAAGAUUGAGCCUCCGUGGUAUGUUAUUAUUGAAGUCAUCACACUCGACCAGACAAUGUCUCAUAUUUCAGAAUGACUUGUUAAAAAUGAAAGAGGUUAUGUGUGAGAUAUUAAGAAUAUUUAAAAACCACACAACAGUGAAAUUGUGGCAUUUAUGUGUUUAUUUUUACUUGCGAUACAAAGCAAUUUCAGUAUAUUGAAUAUAGGCUCAAUUGUUAACGUAAGGAUGUGAUUGUAGGAUGUGAAUUUACGUUUGCUUUUACGACAUAUGAUUUGAUUGACAGUGUGUAACCGAAUGCUGUAUUAAACAAGAGAUGUGACAGGUUGUGAAAUAGAUAAUGCAACACGAGCGCUGCCACAUAUGGUACAGGGGAAAUAUACCCUUAAUGAGUUCCCCUGUUUUUGUAGCAGAUCAUUAUGUUGUGUUUUGUUAUAAUGUCUCCUAGUUUCUUGUUGUAUUUUUCCCCAUUCCAUCUGUUGUUCUGAUUUCGUCCUUGUGUGUUGACAAUGAUAUUUUGUAUUUUACAAUAGUUUUAACGCAGGACAAUUUUAGGAAAUAAUGUCAUAGAGAUGUGAUAUAUUUAUAAUUUGCUACAGUAAGAGUUUGAUAAUAUAGUGCAAUAUAUACGUAAAGUUUACUCCGGGAUAAUGAAAAUAACAACUGUUAAAGUGAUCGAUUUCAGUGCAAGAAUUAUGCUUCCGGCAAGAAUGAAUGCAUCUUGGUGUAAAUGAUAUAAUGAGUUCUAUGACAAUAAAUAAACUGCAAAAUUAAGGGGUGAAAUUAUUUAGGUUAAGUUGCAUUUCCUCGGAGAUGUUAAGUCCAUUGUUGCAUUUUGACGGCUGAUAUAUCUGUCACAUUCUAUUACAUUGCUUUUUAUAAUGCCUGGACUUGAGUGAUAGAAAAAGCGUGUGGAACUGUUCGGUUUGAAAUGUAUUACAGUGUCACUUAUCUGAAAAUGGAAUCUCAACAACUAAUAAUUACUUCUAUAUAGUUCUGACGAAAAGGAAAGAUUAAACAUAUUUUAAGAAGGAACGUAACAGUAGUAAAAUCUUCUCAUUUGUUUAUAUCAAGAUGCAAUGCUAUUACUUGGCAAUAUUCCAUGCUGGCAACUGUUUCUGUGUCAGUUUUUCAUGUUCAACAAGCUGUCAUACAUAACCCAAACAAUAAGAGAACAAUAACGUUGACAAAUACAUUGGCAAACUUCACUGCUGUUGAGUUGUCUGUGUCUAUCACACCAUUCUGGUGCCCAAUAGGUUUUACUGGCUCGUAAACAGGAGAUAGGGGAUAACAGCCUCUGUUAAUAAUAAAACACGUUACCAACUAAUUAAUUUGAGUGCAAGAAUACAAAGUGAACAGUAAUAAAGCUGAUGUUAUCGUAAAGAGUACUAAACUGUCGAGAAAGACGUGUAACUUGGCAAGUAUGUUUUGUGAGUUAAGGGCUAGUCACCAAAUGAAUUCCUUUGCAUUGGAGGUAAACAUAGUUAUAUGCUUGAGCCAUCCAUUAUUUCUUUAUAUUAAACAGGUGUUGCGUCUUUAUUUGGAUAUACGUGUUUGGGUUUCGGUACUCAACUCUACAAAGUACUGUUGACUUUACUUAGUAGCUCAAAACUAUGGCAUUUUGACCCUUGUUUCAUGUUGCACUUGGACAAGGUAUUAUUUAUCCUAAGAGAUUAAUGUAUGUUUUGUUGCGUUUUGUUUGACCUAAUGAACAUUUAGGACCUUAGGAAGAAAGGUCAGGCGAAAUCGAAAUAUAUCGAAUUGCUCUUGCUAAGAAAUUCUAGAUUAUAAUGCUAAAUAUGGUUUAGUGAUGCUUAGUUUCUCGUCUGUUUCAUAAAGUUAUAAUGCAUUACUCUGUUGAUUGAUAGCAGAGACGUAUACAUGUAAUAUAUACGUCUCUGUUCAUAGUGACGACAAGAUAGGAAUACUGAUGUACAUUGUACAAGGUCUUUCCUGAAUUUGUUUGUAUGAAAGAAAAUGCAAUGUAUUGUGCAUGUGUUGCAGAAAUGUUUCCCCGUUUUUAGGUCACCUGAGCUUUGCUCAAGUGACCUAUUCUAAUCGCUUUGCGUCAGUCGUCGUGCGUCGUGCGUAAACGUUUUACAUUUUCAACUUCUUCUCAAGAACCAGUGGUUGGAUUUUUUUCAAACUUAGUUAGAAUCUUCUUUGGUAGAUGCAGCUACAAAAUUGUAAAAUUGGGAUUCCUACCCCAACCCCUGGGGCCAGAUGGGGCCCCAAAGGGAAAAUUAA